AAACUUCCGGGUUUCGUUUGAAUCGAACUAUGUGUAUCUCGAAAUAUUUCUCCGGUCCGGCUGACUUCGAUAUAACGCAUAUAUAGGAACCAGAAAAACACGAUUUAGUAGACUGCAACCAUCAAUGCUAAAGAAUGAUCACCUUGUAUGUACACAUAGUUCUAGGAAUAUUGUGUUUAUCAGUUGUCUCAGAAGGUGCUAAUAACAACGGAAGCAGGUCUAUAGAAGACUGCAUCCUAUGGAAAGCAGACGACAUGUUUUCCGUCUGUCAUCUAUGUUUGCCGUGUUCUGAUGGUUCUGGUAUCCAAGGCCACAUCUGCCGCGAGUCACUAUGUGACGGAAAGAAUGAUUGCGACAAUGGUGAAGAUGAGGAAGAACCCUUAUGUCGGGCGGAACCUUGUUCGAAGGGGCAGUUGCGUUGUAGCGAUGACAAACAAUGUAUUUACAAGCAAGGACUGUGUGAUGGAGACUUCGAUUGUUUGGACGGAUCGGAUGAGGAUCCUGACACAUGUAUAGCUAAACCAUGUUCGGAAAAAGAAAUAAAAUGUGCUGAUAAAUUGAAGUGUUUCCAUGAGUCGUUUCGUUGUGAUGGUGUUCCUACAUGUAGCGAUAAAUCAGACGAGGAUAAUUGUACAGAAUUUCAGUGUCCUGCGUACAUGUGGAAGUGCGACAACAAGCAACAGUGUAUUUAUAGUCAAGGUGUUUGUGAUGGUGGAGUCAAUUGCUUGGAUGGCUCAGAUGAGAACCCAGAAACAUGUCAAGAUUACGAGUGUCUCCCUGGAGGUAUGAAGUGUUCUGACGGACAAGGGUGUUUCUUCGAAAAAUUCUUAUGUGAUGGUGAUUUCGAUUGUAAGGACCAAUCAGACGAAUCAACACAAAUUUGCAAAGAUUACCCCUGUCCACCAGGGAAAUGGAAAUGUAAAGACAAUAGACUGUGGAUAAACAAGGAACUGGUUUGUGACGGUUAUAGCGACUGUGCAGACGAAUCAGAUGAAAAUGACGCCAAUUGCAGAGAGUACCAAUGUCACGGAGACACAACUAAAUGUAGCGAUGGAUUACAAUGCGUCUCACAAAAUGAUGCAUGUAGUUGUGAAGCUCCCGGAUGUAAAGAUGGUAGUGGAUGUAUUGGCUUACCAUAUCCGUGUGCCCAUCGACAGUGUACCAUUUAUAGGCCUCCGUGGAUUGCAACGAGUGCUGGACAAGGUCCACCGAAGCUUAGUUAUGUUGGUUAUCCAGGAUUUAAACCAUCAUAUUGCCCUUGACUUCAAACUUAAUUAUUCUAUUCAUAGAACUCCUUGACAGAAAAUCAUAUUACUUUGCUGUAUAUAAUUUUAUCUUUCUUACAUCCUAAAUUAUGAAGUAUUAAUGAUUAAAAGCAAACACGUGAUAACAGUGUUUUUCUUAUACACAUUAAGUACAUGU